CAGCCGCUCAUCCCUUCCCUUCCCUCGGCUGUCCCCAGAUCUGCUCCGGGCGCGGCAGGAGGUGGCGGCGGCGGCGGCGGCGCGGACCCCGGGCGCGAUGGAAGCGCACAUCCCCUCGGCCGGCAAUUCCUCCAGCCAGCGCAGGAAGCAGGGCCUCCCCCAGCACAGGGACAGCCACUUCCCCGACAGGGAGAUCUCGCACCCGCCGCCUCUGCUGUCCCCCCAGAACGCUCCCCACAUCGCCCUGGGGCCCCAUUUGAGACCUCCGUUCCUCGGGGUGCCCUCGGCGCUGUGCCAGACCCCAGGUGAGUGCCCGGGGACGCUCCUGGGCAGGGCAGAGGUGCAGUUUGUGCCAAGGUGCCCUUCAGACACAUUUUCUGUGUCCCCAUGGCUGCUGUGCCAGCUCCAGCGUGGUUCUGUG